AUCUGUGCACAAUAGGAAGCAUCGGGACCGACGCGCCAUCACGGAAGACGCAGCUUUACGCGUGAAUCGGGACUCUGCCCGCAACACGCCCAAAGCCGUGACAUUGCGACGGGAUACACUCUCUACACCGUGUUUCCAGAUAUUCCACAUGGAUAGGUAGAGUCACAGGACUGUGAAAGAACACGGGCCGGCGCGGCGGGGGGGAUGAGUCCGGGCCGAUGGCUCCGGCAAGUCAUCUGGUGGCUCCCCGCCGGCAUCGCCAUCACCGACACGGUCGUCAGCGUACUGCCGGUGGAGGGCAGCUCGAUGGCGCCCACGCUAAAUCCGGACGGCGACGAGCAGUGGCCUGACAUGGUGCUGGUGGAGAAGGUGUCGUACAAAUGGCUGCACAAGUACCAGCGCGGCGACGUAGCCGUCUUCUGGGCUCCCGAUGAGCCUCGUCAGCAGCUGGUGAAGCGCAUCAUCGCGUUGGAGCACGACCUGGUGUGGGACAGCGAGCAGCACAAGCCGCUCAAGAUACCGCAGGGCCGCUGUUGGGUGGAGGGUGACAAUGCCGAGGCCAGCGGCGACUCAAGAAACAUGUACGGGCCGGUGCACCUCGGGUUGUUGGAGGGCCGCGUGACGCACGUGGUGUGGCCGCCGUGGCGCUGGGGCGAGGUGGCGCGCUGGUACCCGGCCGACAAGCUCAUAGUGGAGGACACGGGGCCGGGGCACGGCGGGAAAUGAGGGCGGCGGCACCUGCGUGGCGCGGCGAUUUUGGUAGCUGGCUAGGGGCGCGCCGCCGCGGGGGAAUGUUUGUACCUGUAUGUACUGAGGAAUGGACUAAGGCAUUGAGUUUCCGGAGUGGUGCGGGGCGGCAUGGUGGAGGACUCUGGCCGUGGCCUCGCGCUCGGCUGCGGAGGACUGGCGGAGGCAUGCAGUUAGGGUUUCAGGCAGUAGCGUUGGCCUUGAGCUAUGAAUCAGUGCCGGGCGACGUGCCGUGGUGACAAGAUACUGCACCCUUUACUUCUGCAUGUAGGCAGGUUUAUCUCGGCGGUAGCUUGGAGCUGUGGAUGUGCGGGGCUUCCGCUGGCCAAGGGAUUGGCGGGCGGGGGCAGACGGUGUGAUUUCGGCGUGGCGCAUGGAAAGGUCCCGUUCACUUUGGAAAAACUUAAGCUGCGGCUGUAACUGAGUCACCGU